AUCCCUGCACGUUUCCUAGCUGCCGCCACCAGCAGCAGCGUUGAACGUGCGGUGAUAAGAGUGGAAAACAUGCCCUUUCCCCAGCAAAAGGCAAAUCCAGCGCGCGCGCCUCUGCCCCAGCCUCUGAUCUCUGCCUCGUAACUGCUCCUUCAACCUCAUUCUCUGGCUCGAAGUUGCUGUUCUCCGUCAGCGGAAAGUGCCCCGUUGAUUGAAAUCUUCAAUUGGGUUUUUCUUAGCUCCCGCGUCCCGCUGUCGAUCAUUCUCUCCUCUGUAUUUCUCAAGACGACACCGCUAUCAAUUCCUUGAGCCCACACGACGCCGGGCCUUUAUCCUCGGGUCUAACAGUCCUUACAAUCUGUGUCUGCACAUUAUUCGACAACCUUGCAUUUUAUUUGCUCUUGUUGGGCAAUCUGUCUUUGCCGGCCAUCAUCCUCUCUGCCCCACCCGCAUACAGGUGAUACUUACCCCAACUUUUGUUCAGUCAUCUCACAAUGGUCAUUGUCGACAAGCAAGAGGUUGUCACCGAAGAAGAGAAGAGGCUCAGACAGGACUUCAAACGGGAGAAGUACUGGAAGAAAUGGGGUUGCUACACGGCUGAGAGACAAUGGGCCACCGUCCGAGAAGAUUAUUCUCCCGACGGUGAUGCAUGGUCCCAUUUUUCGCACGACCAAUCCCGCAAACGAGCCUACCGAUGGGGUGAGGAUGGCAUUGCAGGUGUAUGCGACACACACGGCUUUCAGCAUAUCACAUUUGCCUUUUGGAACGAGAAAGACGAGUUUCUGAAGGAGCGCCUGUUCGGCUUGUCCAAUCCGCAAGGAAACCACGGCGAGUCAAUCAAAGAAUGCCACUUCCACCUCGACAAUCUCCCAACCCAUUCGUAUAUGAAAUACCUGUACAAGUAUCCUCACAACGCGUUUCCAUACGAAGACCUUAUCAAAGAGAACGCACGUCGCGGCAAGUUUGAUCGCGAGUAUCAGCUCAUAGACACAGGCUGUUUCGAUGAUGAUGAGUACUUCGACAUCUUCAUAGAGACAUGCAAAGAGGCGGAUGAUCCUGACGAGCUUCUCUUUCGAGUCACAGCGUACAACCGUGGCACCAAGGCCGCCCCACUACAUAUUAUCCCGCAAUGUGUGUUCAGAAAUACCUGGGCCUGGGGCCGUGAGAGUCCGGAUAAAAAACCGAAUCUUCAUGAAGUUAGUCCGACAACUGCUUACACUAGACAUCCCUACAUCGGCGAGCGAUACAUCGAGCUUUCGCCGUCCCCUGGCACUGGCCCAAGCCGCCAGGAUGUUCAGCCUACCCUGCUAUAUACAGAUAAUGACACGGACUAUGCCGGACUAGGCUGGGGAAAGAACAAGACUCCUUAUGUCAAGGAUGCUUUUCACAAGUACAUCUGCGACGGUGACAAAACUGCCGUUAAUCCGCAAAAGACGGGAACCAAGCUUGGCAUGUGGUAUGCAUUCAACGAGGGCGAGGGCGUCCCGCCUGGAGAAUGCGCGGUUGUUCGAUUUCGCUUGACCAAGCGCUACGAAGGCUGGGUGGACGAAGAGCUGUUCGAUGACAUUAUGGAACAGAGGAGAAUCGAAGCGGAUGAAUUCUAUUACCACAUCAGCCCGCUUCCGUUGUCACAAGAUCUACGCAAUAUCCAACGGCAAGCCUUUGCUGGCAUGCUGUGGUGUAAGCAGCAUUACUACUUUAUCUGGGACCAGUGGGCAAAUGGGGAUCCUGGAAUGCCUCCUCCGCCACCCAGCAGAAAGAACGUUCGAAAUGCACAAUGGAAGCAUAUGUAUUUGGAUGACAUCUUGUCCAUGCCAGAUUCGUGGGAGUAUCCAUUCUUUGCAGCUUGGGAUUCGGCAUUUCAUUGCAUCCCCUUAGCUAUGAUUGAUCCCGAGUUUGCAAAGAAGCAACUGGAUCUCUUCACACGUGAAUGGUAUAUGCAUCCGAAUGGUCAGAUUCCCGCGUAUGAAUGGAACUUUGGAGAUGUCAAUCCUCCAGUGCAUGCAUGGGCUGUUUUCAGAACGUUUAAGAUCGAACGCAAAAUGUACGGCCACGAGGACCUAGACUUUUUGGAACGGCUUUUCCAAAAGUUGCUUCUCAAUUUCACGUGGUGGGUCAACCGUAAAGACUCUGAGGGCAAGAAUAUAUUCGAAGGUGGCUUCCUCGGCCUUGACAAUAUCGGUCUCUUCAACCGAUCGGAUCCCUUGCCCACGGGUGGAACCCUCGAGCAGGCUGACAGCACCGGUUGGAUGGGUUUCUAUUGCGUGUCUAUGCUGAACAUAGCUCUCGAGCUUGCAAAGCAUCGUCGCACCUAUGAGGAUAUAGCCUCCAAGUUCUUUGAGCAUUUCAUCAUUAUCUCAGAGGCUAUGCAGUAUCGAAGCGGCAGUGAGGCGAAGUCUCUUUGGAACGACGAGGAUGGCUUCUAUUACGACGCUAUAUCUUGGGGUGGUCCAUGGAUCCAUCAAAUGCGGGUUAGGUCAUUGGUCGGUCUCAUACCUCUGUACGCAACCUGCACCCUGGAGCCGGAGGUCAUAAAUCGCUUCCCCUCGUUCAAGCGACGUCUGGAAUGGUUCGUCAAAAACAAGCCGGAUGUUGCUGAGCGCAACAUGUCAUCUCUCAAGCGACGUGGCAAAGGUGAAAGACUCAUGCUAGCUCUCGUCAAUGAAACACGCCUGAAGAGCAUACUCAAGUACCUUCUUAGCGAGGACGAGUUCUUGUCCGAGUAUGGUAUCCGUUCGCUUUCGCGUUAUCACAAAGACAACCCAGUUUCCAUGAACGUGAACGGCCAGGAAUACAAGGUCUCAUACGUUCCCGGAGACUCCGACAGUGGCCUGUUUGGCGGCAAUUCCAACUGGCGCGGCCCUAUCUGGUGCGCCCCUAAUUUCCUGCUAAUCGAAUCCCUGCAGCGCUUCUACAUGUUCUACGGAGAUUCUCUCAAAGUUGAAUGUCCGACUGGUUCAGGCGACAUGAUGCAUCUGGGCCACGUUGCUGAAGAACUCCAGCACAGGCUACAGAAUAUGUUCAUGAGAGAUGAUUCGGGACGUCGAGCCAUAUCGGCUGGCAAUGAAAUGCUCGAUUUCGAUCCGAACUGGAAGGAUUAUUUGUGGUUCUUCGAGUUCUUUGAUGGUGACACUGGGCGAGGGUUGGGGGCCAGUCACCAAUGUGGGUGGACUGGGCUGGUGGCUAAGAUGAUCCAUGACACUGGAAUUAACUGCCGUCUGCCGCAAACUCCACGCACGCCGAGUACACAAGCAGCACAUUAUUUUGAUGAUCUCUGGUCCAUGCCCAGAAAGGGCGCGCCCCGACCACUUCGUCGUUCUUCGACGCAUCGUAACCUAGGCUUUGGAGGCACGUUGAACGUUGGCGAAUUUGUGAACGGGGAUCACGAUGAAGAUUUCUACCUUCGACGCGCGAGCUCCAUCGGCUGGCUAUCUGAGGAGGAUCUAAAGAAGAAGGCCGAGAUCGAAUCAAGAGUCGCGCAUUACGUUAGCGACCAGCUUCAGCGCAUGAGAAGUAAUGACAGCGCGAACACGACUGCGAUCGAGGAUGAGAUUGAGGCGAAGAACGAUGAGACAAAUGGACAUAGCUAGUUUGGGUUCGGAACGAGCCUUGAGGAAUAAUGCAUGCUCAGGGCGACUGGAAUGCAGUCGCUGGAAAAGUAAAGGCAAAGCGGUUGUUCGCAUUUCGGCCAAAACGCUCUACUUGAACUUUGCAUGGCAAACAAAGACCGAUGACCUUGGAUGAACGAAGGCAAAGGCAGAUCAAUGCGAAUUUGUUCACCUAGAGUAAACCUAAUAGACAUUCUUCCCAAACCUGCUCUAGAGUUGUGUUGGCAAGCUAGUCGCAUCUAGAACUUUGUCCCUUUUAGCGAUUCUUUUGAAUCGGCGACAAUAAACUAUGUACGUCCUGUCUAUCCUCGGGGACGUUGCCUUCCGCAUAUUUGCUUACGUCGGUCGACUCGAC